ACCACAGCUGGCAGUGUGACAGUUAAUUUCGGAGCAGAACCUGGAUUUUUAAUUGAAUUGAGACGAGUUUUGGUGCUCAGUGAAGUGUGGAGUUUUUACUAUUUCGAGAUGAUGGGGACUCAUGAGGAGGAUGAGGUCGAGGAGCUGCAGUCGACGGUUUAUACCUUCCCGGAGAGUGUGCAGAGUGUCAUUGAACAGGUUCUCCCAAGCACAGACCCCCUAGACCAACCAAACUUCAACGUAGUAGACUACAUAAACUCCCUGUUCCCCACGGAGCAGUCGCUCUCGAACAUCGACGACGUCGUGAACGAAAUGGAAUACAAGAUCAGCUCCAUCGACAAGGAGAUUCGUUCAGUCGUCCGAGGUCAGACGAACGUGGGUCAGGACGGCAGAGCAGCCCUGGACGACGCGCAAAAGGUCAUCCGCCAGCUCUUCAUCCACAUAAAGGACAUAAAAGACAAAGCAGAGCAGUCUGAGGAGACGGUGAAGGAGAUCACCCGAGACAUUAAGCAGCUGGACUUCGCAAAGAGGAACCUCACAGCGUCCAUCACGUCCCUGAACAAGCUGCACGUCCUAGUGGGUGAGGUAGACAGUCUAAAAAGCCUAACCCAGAAGAAACAGUACGGAGAGAUAGUCCUGAAGCUCCAAGCCAUCAUGGAGGUGAUGCAGUACUUCAGCUCGUACAUGGACAUCCCCCAGAUCAAGGAAUUAUCCAGUGAAGUCCAUCAAAUAGAGAUAGAACUCGCCCAGCAGAUCACUUCGGACUUCAAAGAGGCAUUCUCAGGCCAGAACCCUAAACACUUCACCCAGUUGACAGAAGGCUGUCUAGUCCUCUCAGUUCUGGACCCGAAGGUAAAGAAGGACCUCCUCACGUGGUUCGUUGGUAUCCAGCUCCAGGAGUACGCCCACCUCUUCGACGAGAACCAGGACAUCGCGUGGCUGGACAAGAUCGACAAGCGAUACACCUGGAUAAAGAAACACCUAAUGGACUUCGAGCAGAAAUUCGGUACGAUCUUUCCGCUGGACUGGGAGAUAUCCGAGAGAAUAGCUGUGCAGUUCUGCAACGUAACCCGAGAGGAUCUCUCCAAGCUGAUGCAGAAGAGGCGCCUCGAGAUUGACGUGAAGUUGCUACUGUACGCGAUACAGAGGACAACGAAUUUCGAGAGUCUCUUGGCCAAGAGGUUUUCAGGGGUGACCCUGGAAGGCUCUGACCCCCUGAAGAAGGUGGCCCAAGUGGAGGCCCGUGCAGAAGAGGUGCCUGGAAACCCCUUCGAGGAGGGAAAUACUGAAAAAAGUGAGAGUGAUAAGCCACCUGUCACUCCCUUUGCCAAUCUGGUGGGCAGAUGCUUCGAGCCUUAUUUAAACAUCUACAUAGAGAGUUUGGACAGGAACCUCGCAGAGCUGAUGGAGAAGUUCGUUGCAGACUGCAAGAGUCAGCCCCCAGGAGCCAAGGACUUCGACGGAGUCGAGGGGCCCAGCAGUGUGCUGUCCUCAUGUGCUGAUCUCUUCGUUUUCUACAAGAAGUGCAUGCUUCAGUGCACGCAGCUGAGCACUGGGCCCAUCAUGCUGAGUCUCGCCGAGACGUUCCAGAAGUAUCUGAGGGAGUACGCCCUCAAGCUUCUGCAGAAUAAUCUCCCGAAGAUCGGGGGGACGAGCCUGGGGACCAGUAUGAGCAGCAUUACGAGGGACUUCAGGGAUUUAUCGACAGCCGGACUCAUUCAGAACUUUCAGAGCUUCUUGAAGGAGGGGGAGACCACUAGGUUCAGCAAGGAGGAGCAGUCGAGGAUCUGCUGUAUCCUGACGACAGCUGAGUACUGCUUGGAGACCACUCAGCAGUUGGAGGAGAAGCUCAAGGAGAAGACGGACAAAGCGUUUUCCGAUAAGAUCAAUCUCUCCCAGGAGCAGGACAUUUUUCACAAUGUCAUUUCGAAUUGCAUUCAGCUACUCGUGCAGGACCUGGAAGCCGCCUGUGAUCCUGCAUUGACAGCGAUGAUCAAGAUACAGUGGGGGGCGAUUGAAGGGGUUGGAGAUCAGAGCCCCUACGUCAGCACUAUUGUUGCCCAUUUGAGGCAGACCAUUCCUGCCAUCAGGGACAGACUGUCCUCCUGCAGGAAGUACUUCACGCAGUUGUGUGUGAAGUUUGUGAGUUCGUUCAUUCCCAAGCUCGUGCAGCAGUUGUACAGGUGCAAACCACUGAGUGCUGUUGGGGCAGAGCAGUUGCUGCUGGAUGUUCACAUGUUGAAGACUGCUCUGCUGGAUCUACCGUCGACUGGGUGUCAGGUGUCGAGAAAGGCUCCUGCCACUUACACCAAAGUCGUUGUCAAGGGAAUGGCUAAGGCUGAAAUGAUACUCAAGGUCGUCAUGUCGACGACAGAGUGUCCCAAGGCGUUUGCAGAACAGUGCAGGAGGCUGCUGCCGGAUUUACAGGUGCAGGAGUUCCAGAAGAUUCUGGAUAUGAAGGGGCUCAGGAAGCAGGAGCAGGCUGCUCUUGUCGAGCAGUUCAGGAUUGGGGGGAGUGAGGUGGGGGUGGGGGAGGCUCAGGGACACUUUGUGAGAAACAGCCCUGAAUUGGAGGCGGGGAAAAUCAAGAGGCUGGAGAAACUUAUCAAGAAGAGAAUGUAGAACUCCAAUUUUUAGGGAGGAAUCCAGUGAUGAAGUAUUUGAUUUUUUUUUUUAAUGUGGAAUUGUCUUGAUGAGUCGAUUGAAGGAAACAUGUUAAUGUCAAUGAGGAAUCCGUGGGGAUUAAGCUUCGUUCGUCUUAAGAAUUGUAUAUAUUUAAUUAUCUAAUUAAUGUAGUAAUUUCUAAUUGUAAUUUGUAAUUUUAGCAACCCGGUAUGAGUGAAUUUUAAUUAGUAAAUAGAAGAUCAAUAUUACUGAAGAGAUUUAAGUGGUGAAUGAAAAAUUGAAGUAUAAUGAUCGUAUUUUACAAUUUUACUACCGAAUUUUGUAAAUUAUCACUUUGAGUUACGUGUCGUCUGUUAGUAAUUGCAUAUAUUGAAUGAGUUGAUUGUUGAAAUGACGACUUUUAUUUGUAGUUUUGAGUAAUACUGGAGAAUGAUUUUUAGCUCUUGUCUUUUUUGUUUUUAAAUAAAAGAGUAUGUUUACUUUU